AUGGAAACAAAAAAGAAACACUGUUCAGUUGUUUCCUCGUCAACAUCAUCAUCUGCGACAAACGAGAUAUGCUUGUUAUUUAAGUUAAUACAAGAAUCUCAUAAUAGGAAAUAUAUUAUAAGUAAGUUGACGAAGCUUUUUUUAUUAAUAUAUAAAGAAAGGUUGAAGAGAAUGUUAUUAUAUUCUUCAAACGCUGAAGAAGAAAAUAAAGAUAAUAAUAAUAUUAAUGGUCGUCACAUAAAUAAUUUAGAUGAAAAAUUAAAAUAUUUUUUUAGAAAGGAUUCAAUAAUAUUUGAUAUUCCAAGAAAUAAAAAAGGAUAUAACAAAUAUGAUGAAUGGUUAGAUGAUUGUUUUGAGAAAUUUUUAAAUUUAUUAUUUCAGUUAUUAAAAAAUGAUGAUGAAAUAUUUGUUAAGAAAAGUCUUUCCAUAUUAUUUGGAUCCUUACAGUUUGAAUUAAAGAUAUAUGAAAAGUUGAUGAAAAAAAAUGAGGACGAUUAUAAUAAUAAUAAUAAUAAUAGUAACAAUUCUAAUAUUUUAUAUAUGAGUGAUAAUACAAAUGAAUAUGAUAAUAAUUCAAAUAAAGUAGUUGAGUAUGAGGAUAAAAAAAAAUACUUUCCUAUAAAAUUAUAUAGACGAAUUAUUAUUGAACUUUUAAAUAUAGAACACAUAAAUAUCCAUACUAUAAAACAUAUAUGUAAAAGCUACAUAUGUUUUUACUAUGACCUGGAUUAUUUUUUCUUAUGUAUAUAUAAUGGUUUAUGUAUUGAAAAUAAAUAUGUAGAUUCGAAUAAAAAAAAAAAGGAUAUCGCCCAUAAUAAUGAUGAUGAUAUGUACAAGAAAUAUAACAACAACAAUAAUAAAAAUAAUAAUAAUAAUAAUAAUAAUAAAAAUAAUAAUAAUAAUAAUAAUAAUAAUAAUGAUAAUAUUAAUAAUGUAGUAGACGUACAAAAAGAUUAUAAUUUAAAAUUUCCAAAAGAUAACCAUAAUAUCAAUCUGUUUAUUUUUAUAAUCCUAAUAAAUUCAAUUAAACCAUAUAAAAAAGUACAACGUCUUAAUACAAAUGAAAAAAAAAAAAAAAAAAAAAAAUAUAUGAAAAGAUUUAAAAAACAUGAUUUGUUCUUAGAUGAUCAAGAGGAUGUAUCAAGAAAAAGAAAAAAAACAUAUCAUAAUAAUAAUAAUAAUAAUUCACGUGUAAAUAUUAAUAAUACGUAUUAUUUUUGCGAAUUAAAUAAUUCCUAUGGUAUUAAAAAAAAUGAAGUAGAAAAAAAAAAAAAUAUAUUUGAAAAUUAUAAUAGUGAUGAUAGUGGUAGUAUUAAACAUUUAUCUUCAAGUUCAGAUGAUGAAAAUAAAUCAGAUGAAGAAGAUUUUUUAAAGGAUGUAAAUUUAAUAAAUAAUAUUAAUAGUGAUAUGGAUUUUUCUGAUGAUAUGUUAUUAAAAAAUAUGAAAGAAAAAAUUACGAAUAAAAUAAAAGAAAGAAAAAAUAAUUUAUUUAUAAAUAUACAUAUAGAUGAUAAAUUAUACUGUAAUAUAUAUUCAAGUUGUUGGUUUUAUUUUAUAACAACACAUAUACAUAAAUAUAUUAUGAUAUUACAAUUAUUACAUUAUAUACCAGUAUAUGUAUUUCCAUAUACAAAUAAUCCAUAUUAUUUAAUUGACUUUUUUAAUAUUUCAUUUUAUAAGUCAUCAAACUUAUAUAUUUCGCUAGCUGCAUUACCAGGUAUAUUCCAUAUUUUAACAGAAUUAAAUGUAGGAAAUGUUAUAAAUGAAAAGAAUUAUACUAAUAUAAAUAUAACAAAGUUAGAAAAUCGAAAAUCUGAUAGUUUAAUAAAUGAUGUCAUGAUAAAAGAGGAACCCAUAUCUGAUGAAGAGCAAAAGGAGAAAUUAAAUAUAUCAUCAAAUAAUAUUAAUAAUGAAAAUAUAAAAGAAGAAGAUAAUAAUAUGGAUAAUAAUAUGGAUGAUGAUAAUAAAAGUGAAAAAAGUGAAAAAAGUAAUAAUAAUACUAUAAGUGAUGAUGAUACUACUAAUGAUAGUAAUAUUUUUAAUGAUAAAAACAAAUUAAAUAAUAAUAUGUAUACAGAUUAUUAUAAAAGAUUAUAUGAAUUAAUAACUCCUGCUAGUUUUUAUUAUGAUGAUACACACUUUUUAAAAAUUAUUCAUUUAUCUAUAAAAAAUAAAAUGAUACCUAUAUAUUAUAUUCUUUCCUUUUUGAAAAAAUUAUUACGUAUAGGAUGUCUAACUUCAUAUAAUAUAUCUAUUAAUAUUUUAAGUGUUGUAUAUGAUAUAUUAAAUUAUUUUAAAAAUGAAUUAUAUGAAGCCAUGUUUAUUUCCUCUUCUCUAUUUAUGAUUAUGGAUUUUAAAAAAGAUUUCUUUUGUUAUGAUAAUUUGUUAGAUAAUUUUGAUAAAGAAAAAAUUAUGCAUAUGCUAAAAAUCAAUUCUAUAUUUUUAAACGAUACAUAUCAACAAGACCAAGAAUAUUCGAUUAUUAAAAAAACAAAAAAAAAAAGUCUAUAUGAAUUUGAUAAUAACAUUAUUAAUAAUAUUGAAGAUAAUAAAAAAAAUGGCCAUAUAAUUAUAAAGGAUGAUGAUGUUGAAAAAAAAAAAAAUUUAUUUAAUAUAAAGGAGUGUAUCCCUAAUAAGUAUAAAAUAAAUAUGAAUAAAUUAAACAAGAAACAACUCUAUAUGAUUAAUCAUAUAUUUUAUGAAAUUAUUUUAAUAAAUAAUCAUAUAUGUGAUAAUUUAAAAUUUUAUUCAAAUAUUUAUUAUUAUAAUUUUGAUAAAAAUACUUCUUAUAAAUCACAUGAAUUUUAUAAUGACCCAAGUAAAAUGAAUUGGUUCAAGGAAACGUCUCUUUUUUCAUCUUUAAAAAAUUUUUUGAGUUUUAAAAAAAAACGUGAAACGGAAACAACACCGACAAUCAGGAAGAACAAAAAUUGCACCUUAUUCGUGUAA